AUGUUCCAGAGGUUGGCCGACCUAGAGAAGCAGAACUCCAAGGUGUUGUCGAUGAUGAAGAGAAUGUCAGGUGUGCUGAUCCCCGUUCAAAGAGAAGCUCCAGAUGGAUUCGCGAUGACUCUGUUUUGCGAGUUGGACAUGGCCCGGAUUCCCAGAAGACUAUCGCUCCCGAAGUUCACGUCGCUUUAUGAUGGAACGACUUUUCCCGAGCAGCAUGUCAAGUACUACAAGCAGCGGAUGUGGCAAGCUUCAAUCCCGUUCGACUGCUGGGAGGCAUGCAUGUGCAAAUCGUUCGGCGCGACGCUAACUGGCCCCGCCCUUAAAUGGCUCGGCAAACUCGAACCAGGUAGUAUAACUAGUUUUGCUAUGUUAGUUAACAAAUUCUAUUCCCAUUUCGAAAGUAGUAGACAAUUCGACAAGCAGACAAGCGAUCUAUAUCGGAUCGUCCAGGGUCCCAAGGAAACCAUCAGGACUUAUUGGUCUCGAUUCAACAAAGAGAAGGUCUCGAUCAAGAACGUCGACAACAUAACUGCCAUUGAAGCCUUCCUCCGUCGAUUGCAUACAAACUCGGAUCCGUACAAAGAUAUCGUCAAGUAUCUUUGCUCAACAUUUGAAGAGGUUGAAGAAAUCCUCGACGCCCCGCAGUACCCCAAAAUAUCGAAGUAUGGGUUCGACGUAAAUAUUGUGGCUGUGGUAAAGGAGUUGGAGCCCUUGGGAAGCAAAGUGCGCUGGCCGAUGAAGAGCAACAAGCCAGAGUCAGGGAAGGAUAUGAGCAAGUGGUGCGAGUUCCAUAGCGAUCAUGGCCACAAGACGGAAGACUGCUACGGCCUGCGAAGAGAAGUCGCCUUCAAGUUAAAGAGAGCAAAAAGGAUCGCAAAGUCGACAGUAGAUAAUGCAGACGUCCCGGAAGAGAUCAGAGAUCCCCUGGAAAAGAAGUUAGAGGCAAUGUCAAUUACCUUCGACGAUGAAGACAUCAACAACAUCAACAAAGAGCAUGAGGAUUCUUUGGCCAUAGCUGACAAAGAGGUAGAAGAAAUCAAUAACAUCCAGAAAAAGGCAAAUGAAUCCUCAACUAAUAAUGAAGCAGAAUAUGAAGCUUUGAUUGUAGGAAUGAUCGUCGCGAAAGGCUUAGGUGCUACAGCCUUGGAUGUAUACAGUGACUCCCUCCUCAUCGUCAGCUAA